ACGUGAUGUUUCACGUGCGCGACGCAUCGCGAGCCGAGGAGACGCAGCGCACCGACGGCUGGCUGGAGCUGGCGCGCCAGCUGGGCACCGUCCUGGUGGAGCCGCCCGAGGGCGGGCAGCUGCACUUCAGCUGCUGGCAGCUGCAGCUGGAGUGCGUGCCGACGAAGGGCCAGCUGCUGUCGCCCUGCUGCCGCCGCCAGCUGCUGGAGCUGCUGCACGCCGUGAUGGCCCGCUGCCAGGAGGCGGGCGCCACCUGCGAGCUGCAGGAGGGUACACUGCUCGGUGCCGUCAAGCUGGGGACGAUACUGCCGUGGGAAAGGGACGCUGACAUCGCCUUCAGCAGCGCCGACUUCGACAAGCUGGACAGCAUGAAGAAGAGGUUUAGCGACGACGGCUUUCGCUGGGUUCAGCGGACGCCGGCGUCAUGCUGUUACGAGAACCGCACCACAGGCGGGUCGGCCCUGGUGCUGACUGGAGCGUGGCAGGCGGAGCUCUGGGGACAGCACUGGAUGGACACGGAGAAACUGCGUGACCAGGCUGGACUGCCACCAACCAGGGUGCUGCUCGACGGCCGCUGGUACCCGGCGCCGCGUAACCCGGGCCUGUACGUGCGUAACCGGUACGGACACGAGGUGUACCGCCACGCCGAGCACUGGCUGACGACGGGGAUGAAGAGCGGCUGGGCAGCCUACAACACCGCACGGUUCGUGCCCUGCCCGGACCCCGGCGGCCACUCCUGCCUGGACCAGUACCUGACGGACGGCGCGCUGCAGUUUGAUCGGCCCCUCUGACCGUCCGGUGGCCGGCCGGCCGCCGGGCGACGCCGGUCGCGGCGCGUGACAGGCCGCGACCGCACACCGCAUCGGCCCGGCGCCGGGCGCCGCCACUCCUGACUUGCGGUGUGUCGCGCGUGACAUCAGUGCCCGUCCGUUCUCACGAGUGUUGUGCCCAUUUCAUUCCCACGUUCAUGGCCGGGCCGUUGCUGGGCUGAGCACCGCAGGAGCUUGCGCUCUUCUGACUGGAUUUCCAGCCCGCUCAAAUAGAACUGCUAUUUCACUCGAUGUGGUGUGUAGGCGAAGGGCGUAUGGAAUAUAAUGUGAC